UUAUUAAGAGACGUUCACGGCGCUCCGACCUGCUGCACCAGUUAAUCAAGUUAAGUUAGUUGCUGACACUUCUCGUUUUAGUGGCUGAUAUCACCAGUUCAGUUUAAGUUUAAGUUUUACCGGACGUUGACUAUUAUUUGACAGUGUAUCGAAGAUAACGCUGUGAAGGCAACUUCUCGAAAAACAACUGUAUUUUUGAAAUAAUGCUGUGCGGUGCAGCAGAGAACUAGACGCGCACCAUGAAUCCACGAACUCUGUCACUGAGAGCCCUGCUGUUUCUGGGGCUCUGGCACGCUGGGAGAAGAAGUCUAGCCUCAGCACCAGAGCUGCAAGAUCAGCCCAAAAAGAUAGCCGUGGUCGGAGCGGGCAUCGGAGGCACAUCUGCAGCAUUUUACCUGAGGCAGGAAUUUGGAGCCGGGGUGAAGAUCGAUGUGUUUGAACCAGGUGAUGUUGGCGGACGACUCACGACAGUGAAGAUCGGAGAUCACGAGUACGAGAUGGGAGGCGCAGUGAUCCACCCUCUGAACCUACACAUGAAGCACUUCAUUGAAAAAUUAGGUAUUCCUCCGAGGACAGAUGUCCCCACUAAAAUGGCAAUAUUUGAUGGAAAGGAGCUGACGUUUGAAGAGAGCGACUGGUUUAUAGUUAAUUUCUUGCGUAUGCUCUGGAGAUUUGGGUUCAGCUUUAUCAGAAUGCAUAUGUGGGUGGAGAGUGUUUUGGACAAAUUCAUGCGGAUCUACCAGUAUCAGCAGUACGGUUACUCGUUCUCCAGUGUGGAAAAGCUCCUUCAUGCCAUGGGCGGCGAUGCUUUUCUUACCAUGCUGAAUCAGACCCUGGAGGAAACAAUGAUGGGCGAAGGAUUCUCCCAAGUCUUCCUCAACGAUAUUGUCGCACCCAUCGCUCGUGUCAACUACGGCCAAAGCGUCCGCAUCAAUGGAUUCGUGGGGGCCGUGUCAUUAGCCGGAGCGGAUCCAGGCUUGUGGGCAGUAGAUGGAGGCAACAAGAGAGUGUGCUCAGGACUGCUGUACAACAGCAAAAGUGAGCUCAUCGCUGCCAGAGUGACCUCCAUUUCGUUCAAAGUUCGACCAUCCAAGACAGGCAACACAGCCAGUUUCUAUGAGGUCAGUUAUGUGGGAGAGUCGGGCUCAGCACACUCUCUGUAUGACAUAGUGGUGAUAGCAACACCGCUUCACCAGGGAAAGUCUGACAUCGCCUUCUCAGGAUUCUCUCCCCCAAUCCCGUCCCACUAUCCCGGACGUUACCACCAGACUGUCUCCACUCUGGUCCACGGCAUGCUGAACGUGUCCUACUUGGGCACCACACAGCCGGCCUCGGAGUUUACCGUGUCUGACAUCCUCACCAAAGACUCAAAGGACUCCGUCAUCAACAGCCUGGGCUCUAUUGACCCUGUGCACAUCCCUCAGGGUUACAAGCGACCCCCUGCCAGCCAGACCAAAGUGUGGAAGGUGUUCUCCCCACAGCCGCUGUCCCAGGAGCAGCUGCGGGGCAUGUUCCUCUCCUGGGAUUCGGUGUCGGAGACUCAGUGGCUGGCUUAUCCUUCUUACAGCCCACCGCACCGCAAUACACCUCCCUUCAUCCUGCACAACAGGCUGUACUACCUCAAUGCUGUGGAGUGGGCGGCCAGUGCCAUGGAGAUGAGCUCUAUCUCUGCCAGGAACGUGGCCCUGCUGGCACACCACCGCUGGCACCAACAGGUCGGCAACAUCGACCAGGAGGACCUGCACACCCGACUAAGAGGGGAACUCUGAAGAGAGAAGAAAAGUAAAAGCAACACAAUCAAUCAAGCACAGUAUUGAUCCACACAGAUACUCGUGGACAAGCCUGGUGCACGAUAACCAACACUCCUGUCAGGGCAAAUCCAAACUCUUAUUCAGGUAUCUGGAGUGCUCUGACCACUUUAAACUCCACACAAUUACGGUUUAUUACAACUUUUCUCUUAUUGUCGUAGUGGUGGCCAUUAUUUCCUUAUAGAAAUGUUGCCCACAACCAAGAAACAAAUUGGAAUGACCCUUUAAUCGCCCUAACGGCAGCCACAGGUCAUCAUUCACCAGCAACAAUAGAAGAAAUCACACUAAAAGAUGGUUCAACAUUGCACUGUGCUGAAUUUUGUAAUCACUGUGAACACCGCUGCACUACAGGUUAGACACAUACUUUUAAGUGUUGCUCUGUCUACAUGUGUUUGUUUUUUAAUGUGCCCAGAUGUUGUUAUGAAGGAGGUACAGCUCACAUCUAGCCACAUUAUCCAAGAUGACCUUUUAUUGAUUUACUUGUGCCACUAAGAUGUUGUCUUUCUAAAUGAUAUGUUAUUGAUGUCAGUUAAGUAUUAACAAGUCCGUGUCUUCUCCUCCUAUUUAAUUGUACUGAUCAUUUAUAAGUCUUUAAUUGGACAGUCUAAUUACACUGAAGAACUGUAGGAAUUCAAAUUCUUAAAACUAUAAAGGUGCCUUAAAGAUAUCAGACUAAUUGGCUUAAGUCUCCCGAUAAUUUUAGAAAUCAUUUGUCUUUCGGGUUUUCGUGUGUCAUUUUUAAUGAAGUGAAAGCUGCCAUCAGAGUCGGGCCACGAGGACCAGACUCUGUGUUUUGUUGUAACAUGUAAAGUGGCUUAUCAGAUGUUGUGUGGCUUCAAAACCUACAGUAUCUGAAUCUCUUUCAUGUUUUUUUUUUUUUUUUAGCCACUUUGGGAAGAAAAUUGUAGUUUGCUAAUAGUUUCUUAAGCACUUUGAAAGGUGUAUUUUUCUAGAUUUUUGAAAGAAGUUUCCUGUUUGUGAGUAUAUGUCAAGACGCACUGUUCCAAAAAAAAUGAAUAGCGGCAUUUAAUUGACAGAAAAGUUUCACUUUUACACUUAAUGCUUUUGGCAAAUGCCAGAAAAACUGUCUUCCUCUGCACAAAUACAAUGAGGCAAAUCUAAAGGUUUGAUUUCAGAUUUUAAACAACACUGAAACCUUCCAGUCCAACCAGUUUUACAAGUGUUUACGAUCACAAUAAAGUUAUGAAACCUUG